CCACAGGAGCUGUCGAUGGAAGCUGCGGUUUGUGCUGGUUGCGGGGAGCCCAUCUUCGACCGCUAUGUAGUGUUCGCGGUGGACAAGCCCUGGCAUGGACGCUGCCUCAAGUGCUGUGUGUGUCACCUCAUCCUGGGCUCCGAGCUCACCUGCUUCUCCAAGGAUCGAGACAUCUACUGCAAGGAGGAUUACUACAGGACCUUCUGCGUGAAGCAGUGCUCUCGCUGCCAGCUGGGCAUCUUGGCAUCGGAGAUGGUGAUGCGGGCCAAGGACGAGGUCUACCACCUCAGCUGCUUCACCUGCGCGGCGUGCGGGCGGGCGCUGAUCACGGGGGACCUCUUUGGCACCAGCCACGGCCUGGUCUACUGCCAGGAGCACUUCCAGCCGCCCGGCCGUGAGGGGGAUGACUCACGGCUGAUGGACAGCCUGGCAGAGCUGGCCCUCAGGGGCAUGGAGGGGGUGGAGGUCACCCCUGGGGACGGCGAGUGGCUGGGGACGGGCGGUGGACGCAAGCGCAGCUCCGGGGAUCUCCAGCCCGAGGGGGACGACCUCUACCCAGUCUACAGCGAGGGGGACCAAGUGGGCGGAGAUCCUCGCUACUCUGGGCAGCGGAAGGCCAAGCGUAUCCGUACUUGCUUCAAACAUCACCAGCUGCGUACGAUGGAAUCCUACUUUGCUGUUAAGCACAACCCUGAUGGCAAGGACUGGGAGGAGCUCUCCAAAAAGACCGGGCUUCCCAAGCGGGUUCUGCAGGUGUGGUUCCAGAACGCUCGCGCCAAGCUACGCAAGACCCUGACCCAGGAGGAGACCACAGACAGUGACCCCCAGGAGGCUGCCCUCUCCCCCGCCCCCCUGCAGCACCCUAGGGUGCUGGGCCCACCCAGCCCCCUCUUCUCCACCUCCGCGCCCUGCCCACUGCCCCUCCCCCGGCCCACCAUGUCCCCCAUCUUCCUCAACAUCAGUCCCACCCGCUCCCCAGAGCCCCUCCACACCAUCGACCGCUCCAACCUCUGUUGACCUUGGCUGCGGACAGCCGGGUGGGGUGGGGGUGGGGGGCUCCAGG